ACAGUAAAGGACUCCAGCCCAUCCUCCCAAACAAUCCACGCAAUGGUUCUGUCGGAGCCGCACGGAGAAGGGAGGCAGAGUUUCUAACAGCAAAAGCCAGGAAAACACCCAAUGCAGAGAUGACCCAGAGUCCGGCAAUCGCUAUGGAUUAAAACGGAAACUUUUUUACGAUGGCUGUGAACUAUCACGUGAAAAAGUGACCAAAACAUUCAACAGAGGGACCCCAAGCUUGCUACUACUAGACACACACGCACAGCUAUGAGCGAGCCGCGCUCUGAUAAACCUGGCUGCAGUCGUAAUUUCUCAGUGUUUUAACAGAACCAGUCUAGUCCAACAUUUUACGAGUUUUGUUGUUUUUAAUUCCAGUCGACACUUGGCAGCUUCUGUUUUAGAUCAGAAAGAAUUAUGGCGGGGAAGGUGACUACACAAGGCACGGGGAUAUUGCUGAUAACAGCCAACGUUGGAUCACUCUUUGAAGAUCCUGAAAAUCUUCAGAAGACGUGGCUUCGGGAGUUCUACCAGACGGUGCACUUGUAUAAACCACACUUCGUCGCAGUGCAUUGUCAAGAAGUUGGAGGGAAGAACUACGAAGAGUCCAUGACCCAUGUGGACAGCUUUGUCAAAGAGCUGCUGUCCAGCGACGCCAUGAAGGAGUACAACAGAGCCCGCGUCUACCUCGAUGAGAACUACAAAUCCCAGGAGCAUUUCACAGCACUAGGAAGUUGCUAUUUUAUCCACGAAACCUUGAAAAACAUCCACCAGUUUGAUUUUAAAGCCAAGAAGUACAAGAAGGUGACGGGGAAGGAGAUCUACUCGGACACACUAGAGAGCACUUCCAUGCUGGAAAAGGAGAAGUUCCCUCAGGAGUAUUUCCCUGAGUGCAAGUGGUCCAGAAAAGGCUUCAUCAGGACUCGGUGGGCACUGGCAGAAUGUGCCUUUGACCUGGUGAACAUUCACCUGUUCCAUGACGCUUCCAACCUGGUGGCCUGGGAGAAGAGCCCGUCCGUGUAUUCGGGGACGCGACAGAAGGCCCUCGGCUAUGUUUUGGACAGGAUUACAGACCAGCGGUAUGAAAAGGUGCCAUAUUUUGUCUUUGGAGACUUCAACUUCAGGUUGGAUUCAAGGCAAGUUGUCGAGAGUCUGUGUUCUUCAGCCACAAUGCAAACGGUCAGAGCCGCGGACACCAACGAAGUCGACAAGUUAAUAUUCCGAGAGAUGGACAAUGACCGAAAGGUUGUUCUUCAACUCGAAAAGAAGCUUUUUAAUUAUAUUAACCAAGAUGUUUUCCGGGAAAACAAUGGAACACUGCUGUUAGAGUUUGACAAAGAGCUGUCGGUGUUUAAGGACCGCCUGCAUGAGCUGGAGAUCUCCUUCCCUCCCAGUUACCCAUACAGUGAGGACAGCAGUCAGGGGAAGCAGUACAUGAACACCCGCUGCCCUGCCUGGUGCGACCGCAUCCUCAUGUCCUCGUCAGCCAAGGAUCUGGUCUUAAAGCCUGAAAAUGAGGAGAAAGCUGUGAUCUAUGAUAAUAUUGGGCCCAAUGUCUGCAUGGGGGACCAUAAGCCUGUCUUCCUGUCCUUUCGAAUAGCAGCGGGGGCAGGUAAACCUAAUGCAAAUAAGCACAAGUGUUGUGUCGUGCAGUGAUGUCGUGGGAAGCGCUGCCAAAGGUCAGAGAAGAUUUUACGAGAAGCCACCCUCUAAAAACAGGACAGAGAGAGAGAGAGAGAGAGAGAGAGAGAGAGAGAGAGGACAGGAGAAAUCACCAUCUGAACAGCCUUUUCAGCCCUGCAGAUGAACGACGCCCGCAGCUCCGCACCUCUAAAACCGCCUUUCAUUCACAACGUUCACAUAUCCGGACUCUCUGCUCAAGAGACACUUCAGAAAUCUUGGACCCGUGCGCGAGGGACAACCUCGCCGACAACACCGGCUCGCCUCUUCCCAGCGACCGACCCCCCAGAGCAGGACGACUCGCCACGUCACAUCCACCUUGCCAAAACUCUAAUAGAAAUCAGAAUUACUACAUAUUUUAGAUACCAUAUUUACAAUUUUUAGAUACGCCUAUACAUAGAAGCUACUUCCAUUCAGUAUCUAAGUUGUUUUAAAAAAAAAAGUGCAAUGCAAAAAGUUGUAUAUCUAUAUUGGUAGGUUUAUUUGUACAUUGGAUUGUAUCCGUAGAGGUAUUGAUGGUUUUAGUGCUGUUUUCUUUCCUGACCACACUCAGUCCCUGUGCUAGAUUAGAUAGCUAUUUUCAUUUCAUUGAUUUUGUCAUUGCUGAUUUGUGUGCGUACCACACGUUGCCAAGCCUCACACAUAUGCUUCUCAUUUUGUAUACUUAAAAAAUGAUAAUUUAUAAUUCUUACCAAAAUUAAUGUUGAAGUAAGGAUAUCUUACUGUGUGACUGCUUGGGUGUCAUAUCAGUUGUUAAGACCUUUAAAUCUAGCCAUCUUAAAAUAUUCAGCCAAUAUGAUUUAUAUAGCCUAUCAAGGGUGUUUUAAGCAGUGCCAUAGAUCAUACAAGUAUAUAUGAUAUUGUUUAUCACAUAUAGCAGUCUCACUUUGUCAUUAUUCUUAUUCUAACUUAUUUCUAUGUAAUAAUAUUAUGAUUCUGAAUGUGAUGUUUUUAGAUAGGCUUGGGUAUCUUUUAAAAUUUGUAAACUGUUUUUGUCUAUUUUUGUUACUGCAUAAUGGUGCCAAGUAUUGUAUACGGAAACAAAGACGUUGUGAGAGACAUAACGUAGUUUAAAUCGUCGGCAGGUGAAGGUCUGCUCACUUAUAAAUUGUACAUAUUCUUAAAGGCAGAAAAGAGGAAGAAUUGCUUUUUAAUUUUGUAUGUAGCCGUCUUCAGCCUUCAGUGAAAUGUUGCAAAUAAUUUUCUCUCAUCGCUAGUUACAACAUUAAACAGCGAUUAGAGCCUGUUGAUGAAACACAAACGUUUCUUUUAUUGAUUUAAUUUAGUACACUACAGAGUUCACCGACUGUGUGAAGCCGUCAGAUUGAUGCUUGAUUUUUUCAUCUAAAUCACCACAAGUGGAAAUGAUUUUAUGCCUGCCUCAGAAUUUAUGUCGUCUUGACAGUGUGAUUUGGUUCUUAGACAAAACUGCUUGUAAACUUUUUUGCAGGUCACGUGGUAGCGUGAAGAUGCCGCGGUAUAUUUCACUCUUCUCUUUAAGUCAGUAUAGAGAUUCAACCCCAUGGACGACAUAA